UGGCGUGAGAACAGACUAUGUUCCCUGUUACACUUCUGAUGUCACGAAGCAGAGUGCAUUUAGGACACACAAGAUUUUCCUGUCCCUAUUCAACUCUACAAGCUGAAUAAGAGACAGUUUGUUCUUCCCAAUCCAAUUUUCGCUGUUUGUGAAUGGACUUGAUUUCUUCAGGAUGGCUUUAAGAAUGUAUUACAGAUGAAGAUAUGGCAUGCAUUUAGAACAAUCUGAUACAGCUGGGAUUGGAAAAGAGAGAACACGUUUCAUCUUCUGAAAACUCAGCAGAAUAUAUAUUUCCCCUGACUAAGCAUUCACAAUGAGUAGACCCAGUAACGUUUCUAAGUCAUCCUUGGUAAACUCUCUGGCCAAGAGGUAUGAUCCAAAAGCCUUACAGAAUCAAGGACCUGUCACUGCAAAAAAAACACCACAACCUCAACCUGUUUGCAAUUACUCUAAGACACCUGUGAACUUAAAUAACACCAUGGAUACAAAUUUAGAAAUUUUGAAUCAAAAGAUGGACAACGUAUUGAUGACACAAAAUAAUGUUGUUGAAAAACUGGACAAUAUUAUGCAAGAUAUAGGGGGCAUUGAAAGAGACAUUGAAUUCAUGAAGUCGGAUACCACCAAAACAGAGCAUGUGAGUGAGAGCUCUAAAGACAAAGUGAAAAUGUCAGACAUUAAGGAACUUUUUGUGGAAAUGAUCACAAACCUUACAUCUAUUAACAAAUAUGCAGAGCAUCAAGCUCAAAAACUGCAUGGGGUGGAACAGAUACUUCUCGGCGCACAAAAUGUCAUACAUUUUAUAAUGGAGGAGAUGAAAAUUAAAGAAAUGUUCACUUUUGUCCAGAAAAAAGAAACUCCCUUAAAGCCUGUCAUUGUUGGUAACAAAAUUAGGAAGGAAGAAACAGAAAUACAGAAACAAAGAGGUGAAAUGAAAGGAGUAAAAAAAAAUGUAAAAACCCGGGAUUCAACGAGAAAGUGGAAAAGUUGUCUAAAUGGCAAAAAAAUUAAGGUAAACAAGGAUCAAAUAAAUGAAAAGAAGAAUUGGCGUUUAAAGGGAACAAAAUCUUUGAAGAAAAAGAAGCCACCAGAUUCAGACCAAACUGCCCAAAGGAACCAGUCCUACACAUAUGAUGAAAAGGUCCAAAAACUCAAUCAGGAAAAUCUAGAAAAGGCAACAGUUAUCCUAGUCAACAGCAGUCCUCCAGAAAGCUGCCCAGAAGAGAAGAGUUGCAUUUCUGUAUCCAUACAAAGUAGGGUACCAACUCCACAGGGAACACCUAUAAAUAUCUCUGAAGGAAAGGAACACAUAUCUGCUUCUCCAUAUGAAUAUUCCAAUGCUGAACUACUAGAUAACAUAUGCGUUGAAUGCACAGGCCAUUAUUCACCUGAUUCUCAAGAAUUUGAGGGAAAAACAAAGCCUGGCAUUUUAUUUGAUGAGACUGAUGAAAACAUAGAUGGUGAAAAUGAAUAUGAUGAAUAUGAUGAAAUUGUAGAGAAAGAGGACAAGUCUGAUUUAUAUGCAGAAGAAGAAGAAGAAGAAAUAUCAUUAAAAGACUAUUGUAAAACAACUGAUAACACAGCCACUACUCAUGAUGUUUCACAAUGUCCUGAAGCUGAGGAAGUGGAAGGAACAGAAUCAGUGUCCUCAGAAAGUGACAGUACUAAUGUUACUUUGGCACUGCCAGAAAAAGAUGUGUCACAGACAGAGCCCAGCUCAAACAGCAAACGUCGAGUACCUGAUGAAACUCUUAUUAAAGAUGAUACCAAGAAAAGCAGGGUUGACACAGAAGACACAGAAGUCAAGACUGAUAAGACUAAAGAUGUGGAAGAGAUAACAAUAAAUCUGAUCAUACCUGACAAGGAACCAGAGAAAGAUCAUAGCAUUAAUGACAAAAAGGACCAAUCUACUUAUGAGGAGGAAAAUGCGCAGUUUACUUUUGAUGUGUCACCAUCUCCCCCAGCACCCUUUACUCACCGAAUUGUCUCAGCUAAACAUGCACAGAUCAAUCAUUUUUAUACUGUGGACACAUCAGAAAUGCUUGGAGGCGGUCGAUAUGGUCAAGUACAUAGAUGUGCAGAAAAAAACUCUGGUCUUUCGCUAGCAGCAAAAAUUAUUAAAGUCAAAAGCCAUAAAGAAAAGGAGGAAGUGAAAAAUGAAAUUCAAGUCAUGAACCAACUGAACCACGUGAAUCUUAUUCAGUUAUAUGAUGCCUUUGAGUCCAGAAAUGACAUAGUGCUCGUUAUGGAAUAUGUUGAAGGGGGUGAACUUUUUGACAGAAUCAUUGAUGAAAAGUACAAUCUGUCAGAAGCAGAUACAAUACAGUUCAUCAAGCAAAUCCUUGAAGGGAUCCAGUACAUGCACCAAAUGUAUAUUGUACAUCUUGAUCUUAAGCCUGAGAACAUUAUGUGUGUGAGUCGGACAGCAUAUCAGGUCAAAAUAAUUGAUUUUGGUCUCGCUAGAAGGUAUAAGCCAAGGGAAAAGCUGAAAGUGCAUUUUGGUACUCCUGAAUUCCUUGCUCCUGAAGUUGUGAACUAUGACUACGUCUCAUUUCCCACAGACAUGUGGAGUGUGGGAGUCAUUACAUUCAUGCUGUUGAGUGGACUCUCUCCAUUUCUUGGUGAAGAUGACAACGAGACUCUAAACAACAUCCUGGCAUGUCAGUUUGAUUUUGAGGGCGAGGAAUUUGAAAAUAUUUCUGAGCCUGCAAAAGAUUUCAUCACUAAAUUGCUUAUAAAAGAAAAAUGCUGGAGAAUGAGUGCUACUGAAGCUUUGAAACAUCUGUGGAUAUCAGACUCCAAGCUACACUAUAGAAUCAGUCAGCAGUGUCUUGGAAACAUUUGCCCGGUGUCAGAUGUAUCAGGAAAUAAAUGACAUAUUCCAGUAUUAAACCAAAAGAAGGCAUACCGCUGUGUGCUUUCUGCUGUGAAUAGUUAGGAAAAAAGUCAACAUUUCUAAUAUUCGGACCCUCCUUGGACUGAUUUAAGAAUUUAUCAGCUGGACCAGUUCCUUUUCGACUGUUGGAUGGGUCUUGGUGUUACUGAGCUAACGUUCAUUCAGCUUUCACCUUCACCUUUCCUCUGAAUUCUAGAGACUGUGGGUAUAUUUCUGGUGGUGGAUUCCAUCAUCUGAUACUUUAGAUCUUGGAGAAAGCAAGAGUAAAUUAUGCUUAGGACAUCAAACACUUCAGGUUUACAUUAAUUACUUUAAAAACCCUCUUAACAUUCUACCACUGAUCAUGUUCCUAAGUCUUGCAUAUUAUGGACAUAUUUUGUUGUGUAUGUGUAACUUCUGUUAGACAUGAUUUACUAUAUCUCUAUCAAUAAUUCCUUUCUGGGGCAGUCUGAAGUAACAAAAUGAGUUGUGAGAGGCACAAUUAUAGUCAUAGUCAGCUGCAUUUUCUACAUACAGUCAUCUGCAUAGCAGAUUCCUAAUAGACAGUAGAGUGUUUGGAAAGUUGGAGUUAUCUGUAAAUGGACAGGACCAACUUGGUAUAGAAAUAUACCAAGAAGUAUAGAAGUAUACAUGAGAGUGUAAAAACACAUUGGCUGUAACUUGAGGGAAUGAUUGAAUGUACUAAUAUUACACAGUUAUGCUGAAGUAUUGAAAAAGCUUUGUUCAAAAUCUGCCUCUGGAGACUGGAGUUAUAAAUUUGUAGGUAUUUUUAGCUGGCCCAUCAGUAGGGGGCAGAUUUACAUAUGGUCGAAUAUCGAGGGUUAAUUAACCCUCGAUAUUCGACUGGCGAAU